AUGCCUCGGGGCUCCCCUCAUGCGCCCAAAGCUUCAUCCCCUCGCUUCUACGAGGCGUACAGCCGAAACCCUGCCAGCGCCGUGGAGGAGCAGAUCGAGGGAGCGCGCCGGCGGGUCAGCCAGCUGCAGCUCAAAAUCCUUCAGGAAACUGGUGGCUCCCUGGAUUCGGGGCGUCUGUGCAGCGACUCCGGCUUGGCUGGGUUCAGGGUGGUGGAAGGACGCCUCUCCCUGGACUCGCAGGACGGUGACAGCGGGUUGGAGUCCGGGCCAGAGCGGUUCCCCUCUGUGAGCGAGAGCUCCCUGAACCGCAACUCCGUCCUCUCCGACCACGGCCUGGACAGCCCACGCACCUCCCCGGUCAUCAGCGCCCGCCUCUUCCAGCACCAUCGCCGCCAGGGCUCCGACACCCCCUUCCCCCCCGCUGCCGAGCAGGGGUUGGACCGGACAGGACGGCCGCUCAUCAUUGGGCCAGAGGAGGAUUAUGACCCGGGUUAUUUCAAUAACGAGUGUGACUCCCUUUUCCAGGACCUGGGCAAACUGAAAUCCCGGCCGGCGCAUCUGGGGGUUUUCCUGCGCUACAUCUUCUCCCAGGCAGACCCCAGCCCCCUGCUCUUCUACUUAUGCACGGACGUUUGCCAGCAGACGACAGCCAAGGAUUCCCGGGUCUUGGGGAAGGACAUCUGGAACAUCUUCUUGGACAGGAACGCGCCUCUCCGAGUGAAAGUGUCUGAGCAGCUCCUGGCUGAGAUCGAGACUCGCCUGCGGAAUGGAGAUGAUGUCCGAGCUGCCCUCUUUGAAGCUCAGGAGAUGGUGAUGCCCGAAAUCCAGGAGCAGAUCCAGGACUACAGAACAAAACGCACGAUGGGCCUGGGCAGUCUGUACGGGGAGAACGACCUCUUGGACCUGGAUGGGGACCCCCAGAAGGAGCGGCAAGUAGCCGAGAAGCAACUGGCCCAGCUGGGCGACAUCCUGUCAAAAUAUGAAGAGGACAGGAGCUCCCCCAUGGCCUUUGCCCUCAGCACAUAUAUGAACCACACAGGCAUCCGCAGCCGGGAGCCCCGGGCAGCCGGCACCAGCGAGAAGGCCCAGUCCCUCCCGGACAGGGACAAGUGGCUGCCCUUCUUCCCCAAGACCAAGAAGCAGAGCAGCAGCACGAAGAAGGACAAGGAUGCCAUGGAAGACAAAAAGCGCAACCCUAUUCUCAAGUACAUUGGGAAGCCCAAAAUCUCCUCCCAGAGCA